CUCAACGGUGCUGUAUUUACAGCGCUUCGCUCGAGGAGCGGAGCUGUCGAAGAUACCUGGAAACUUUAUUUUGUGGAAACUAUAUAAAAAUGAUUGUCCGUCGUUUUUCAUGAAGUAGCGGUUUUAAGGAGGGAGAAAAAGUUCAACCUGCGCGUCUUUUUCAUUCAAGGUGUGCUCUUCUCUCUCCUUACACGUCACCACGGCCCUCACCUGUGUGCUCCACUGUUUCUCCUGCGAGUCGUCCUGGGCUGACCGGCCAUUUCUGCUUCGCCCCCGCGCCGUGUCUCCAGCCACAGUCACCAUGACGCGCUCCAAAACCUUUCAGGCCUACCUGCCCGACUGCCAUCGAACCUAUAGCUGCAUUCACUGCCGAGCCCACCUGGCCAACCACGAUGAGCUCAUCUCUAAGUCUUUUCAAGGGAGCCAAGGCAGGGCCUACCUCUUCAAUUCAGUGGUGAAUGUGGGGUGUGGGCCAGCAGAGGAGAGGGUCCUGCUGACUGGUCUUCAUGCUGUGGCAGACAUCUACUGUGAGAAUUGUAAAACCACUCUGGGCUGGAAAUAUGAGCAUGCCUUCGAGAGCAGUCAGAAGUACAAGGAGGGCAAAUUCAUCAUCGAGCUGGCCCACAUGAUCAAGGACAACGGGUGGGAGUGAAGACCCUGAACCCCCCCACGGACCGCCUACUGGAAGAUGUUCAGGAUAUGAAUAAUUAGUUUCAUUAUCUGGCUGUAACUUUCUCCCUGGAAAUCUGUCUGACACACACCUUAACCUUGAAGGUGCAAGGUUUAUAGGAGCACCGCAACCCCCCCGCCUCCCGUAUGUAACAUACGUGUGACUGAAUGAACGCGUGCCAGCUAGACACCAAGUGUUUCUAGAUGUAUUUUCACGAUCGGUUCAUGGGAGUGCGUGUGAGCACAUGUACAGGCGUGGGUGUGUAUGCUCCUAUGGCCAAGGUCUUUGACACGCCACUUAUUUCUACUCAGGUUUAAACUUAUGGCUGGAUCCAUGGAGAACAAGGGUGAAAUACAAACCCGUUUAGCACGGCACCUUUUAACUCAUCAGUGUUUGUUUUAAACAUGGCAAGAAAAAUAGUCAAAUAGAAGGAUGACCAUUUUCUGCCAGUUCGCCGAUUAUUAUUUAAUUUUUUUUAUGUAUCUUCAUCAAAGUUUCCUUGCAUGAUGUUUAUUUAUACUCCUAUUUAUUGGUCUUUUCAUUUUGACAUGUUGUAGGAAUGUACAUCUAUGGUAACUGUAGCAGCCACAGUGGUCUUCUAUAUAGUGGAUGUAGAAAUGUUUCCUAGAGUUUUGCACGUACAUGCUCUUCAGAUGAGUUUCCUAUUAAAUGUGUCUGGUGACUAUGGGGUAAAUGAGGGAAUUAAUAUGCCAUUUAUAAGGCACAGGUCACGCAAGUAAGCCCCACCCACAGCUGAGCAACCAGCUGUUAGGAUUGAAAGGGAACUUUUUACAGCCAAUGACAUCCCCUUUGGUCUCAUCAGUUGCCACCAUUAAACCACAAAUCAAACCAGUAAGUUUUAUAUAAGCGAUCGACAGCUCUUAGGCAGUCGAGCGAGGUAAUCCAACAGAGGCUCAUUUCAAAAAGCCUUGGCACAACCAAAGACUCCGUCAUCAACAAUACGCUGACCAAACUGGGUUUUAUUUCCUGUUUUAGUUGCGUUGUUGUGUGUCAACUCCAUCAUUCGGUUCCGUCAUGUUGUCUUGUGCGCAUCAAAAGUGACUUUCUUGAUUUUCAGCAUUGUCAUUUUAAGUGUGUAUUUAUGAUUAGUAAUUAUUGUUUGACCACAUGAUCUUUUGUCUGUGUCUUUAUAGUUGUGUGGAACUGCUCCACCUAUUCCAACAUCUUGUAUUCUAUGUUUUAAAAAAAUGUCUUUUAAGAGAAAAUAUAAAAAAAAAAAUCUGGUAUGAAUAAACCUGUCAUUUUAUAAAUGUCCAUGUGAAAUUAGUUUGUAUGUUUUUACACACCAAUGGCACGGUUGCAAUGAAUACUUGUUAAAUAAAAAGAUUGGUAUC